AUCCUCUCCGUGCACCAGCCUCUGCCGUGCACCGCUGAGCCCCCCCGUCCCGGUGCAUCCCCCUCCCGCGCCGGCACCGUCCCGCAGCUCCCCGCCCCGGACCCUCGGGGCACCCCCUGCAUCCCCCCCCGAGACCCCAGUGUGUCUCACGCGCCCUGGGCCUCUGUCCUCUCCCUGCAGCCCCCCCAUGCAACCCCCCCUUCUUAGUGCCACCCCCUGCAUCCCCCCCCGAGCCCCCAGUGUGUCCCACACGCCCUGGGCCUCUGUCCUCUGCUCGCAGCUCCCCCAUGCAACCCCCUCCUUCUCAGUGCCACCCCGUGCAUCCCCCCCCCGAGACCCCAGUGUGUCCCACACGCCCUGGGCCUCUGUCCUCUCCCUGCAGCCCCCCCAUGCAACCCCCCCAAUCUUAGUGCCACCCCCUACAUCCCCCCCCGAGACCCCAGUGUGCCCCACAUGCCCUGGGCCUCUGUCCUCUCCCUGCAGUCCCCCCAUGCAACCCCCUGCUUCUCAGUGCCACCCCCUACGUCCCCCCCGAGACCCCAGUGUGCCCCACACACCCUGGGCCUUUGUCCUCUCCCUGCAGCCCCCCCCCAUGCAACCCCCUCCUUCUCAGUGCCACCCCGUGCAUCCCCCCCCCGAGACCCUAGUGUGCCCCACACACCCUGGGCCUCUGUCCUCUGCCCGCAGCUCCACCAUGCAACCCCCCAAUCUUAGCGCCUCCCCCUGCGACCCACCCAGCUCUGACCCAGCCAGCUCUGAGCAGGGGUGUGGGGCCACAGCGGCCUGGAGUGUCCCUCGGGCAUCUGAGGUGCAGGACCGAGCUCUGCGCCCGCCCGUCGGAAAGCCGCGCUCUGGCAGCUCUGCCUGGCCGUGGUCUGAGCCACCCCAUGCACCUGCCCAGCUCGGCAGGAUGCAGCAUUAUGGUUCACGCAUUCCUCAUCCAUACACUGCACCCUCGGCCCGGGGAAGAGGCUGGGCUCUGCCGGGUGCUGUAUUCCAGGGUCUUUGGCUCUGAGAGGCUGGACCAGUCACCAGAGGAGUCCGGGCCUCAUGAUCUCGAGAAGGAGAGACUGGGCAGGAAGGAGCAGAUUUUGGCUGUGGCAAGGCAGGUGGAUUCAACGUGUAAACUGCUGCACCAGGCGUCAGGGCGCCCUGCCUCUGACUUCCCCAUCCAGCUGCCCGACGAGCCAAUUUCCCUCCAGGAUGCCCCAUCCGGGGUGUUCCGCCUCCCUCCCGAGGAUCCCUUCCGUGAGAACAAGACGGUGCUCUGGCUAGGGGUCCUGUCUCUGGGCUUUGCUCUGGUGUGCGACCCCCAGGAGAACCUGAUGCUGGCUGAGAACACCCUGCGGCUGGUGGUGAAGUAUCUCCUGGAGCAUCUGAAGCUGCUAAGCCAGGGCAGCAACGUGGUCCUCAAGGCAGACAAGACCGAGAUCAUCCUGAGCAAGUUCCUGCCCCAUGGGCAGUUGCUCUUCCUGAAUGAUCAGUUUGUCCAGGGACUGGAAAAGGAGCUGGGUGCCUGUCUGUCCAAGUAGAAGGCUCUUAGUGGAACGUGCCAUCCAGGCAGCAUGAACGCUGGGAGGGGCGGAGGGUGCACUGUCGUUUAAAGGAGACACAUCAAGGUUGGUAACUGUGGCCCUAGUAGGUUUUAUUAUCAUCGUCCUGGCCAUGCAGCACGUCUCUCUGGCUGCAUCCCCCCAAGGGACCCACUGAAAUCUCCUGUCCCACAGUGGAGGCAGUGGCAGCCGUUAGAGGGAGGGGGAGAUGUGCGUGCGGUUGGGUGAUCUGCACUUGUCCCCCACUUGAAACGAUUGCUCAGUUCCUAUUUUCAAUAAACUAGGCUCGGCUGGGAGAAACCCGCCUGCGUCAUCCACUGUG